CAUACAGGAAGGAAACCAUAUUCAUGCUCAGAAUGUGGGAAAUGCUUUAUUUCUAAAUCAAGUCUUGUUAGACAUCAGAGAUAUCACACAGGAGUGAAGUCAUUUUCAUGUUCAGAAUGUGGGAAAUGUUUUCCUUUUGAAUCAGGUCUUAUUGUACAUAAAAGAACUCACACAGGGGAGAAGCCAUAUUCAUGUUCAGAAUGUAGAAAAUGUUUUACUCAGAAAUCACAUCUUGUUCAACAUCAAAGAACUCACACAGGGGAGAAGCCAUUUUCAUGUUCGGAAUGUGAGAAAUGUUUUACUGAUAAAGCAAAUCUUUUUAAACAUCAGAGAUGUCACACAGUGGAUAAACCAUUUUCAUGUUCAGAAUGUGGGAAAUAUUUUACUGAGAAAGCAAAUCUUCUUAAACAUCAAAGAACUCACACAGGGGAGAAGCCAUUUUCAUGCUCAGCAUGUGGAAAAAGUUUUACUUACAAAUCAACUCUCGUUGAACAUGAAAAAUCUCACACAGAUAAGAAGCCAUUUUCAUGUUCAGAAUGUAGGAAAUGUUUUACUAAAAUAUCAAAUCUUAAAAAACACCAAAGAACUCACACAGAGGAGAAGCUAUUUUCAUGUUCAGAAUGUGGGAAAUGUUAUACUCGGAAACCAAACCUUAUAAGUCAUCAAAGAACUCACACAGGAGAGAAACCAUUUUUAUGCUCAGAAUGUGGGAAAUGUUUUACUUGGAAAUCAGCUCUUCUUCAGCAUCAAAGAACUCACACAGGAGAGAAGCCAAUUCAGAGCAGUAAAUGAUGCAGACAACACAUCUAUAUAUUACCAUGUACAUAGGAUAUCUGACAUUUAUACAUAUAUCAUAUACUGCAUCUCCAAACUUGUUACCAAUUGUUAAUAAACGUUUUCUUUUAGAACGUAGUCACCGAUCCAGCGAUGUCAUGUCAUACAGCUCAGCUACAUGUGUAUAUAUAUAUUUUUUUAAGUAUUAACUUUUUUGUUUUGCAUACA